UUUAGAACUCACUGUUGACACAACAACCUGAGUUUUGUGGUGAUUUCUAGAAGGAUAAAUAGAUCCACCACUUUCCAGAUUUCAGAAAGCCACCUAACUCGAAGCAGGCUGCCAUGACCAGCCAGUCUCAGGGGAUCCACCAGCUCCUCCAGGCAGAAAAAAGGGCCAAGGACAAGCUAGAGGAAGCCAAGAAGAGAAAAGAGAAGCGACUGAAGCAAGCUAAAGAAGAAGCUAUGGCAGAAAUUGACCAGUACAGAAUGCAGAGAGAUAAGGAGUUCAGACUGAAACAAUCUAAGGUAAUGGGCUCUCAAAGUAAUGUCUCAGAAGAAAUAGAAGAGCAAACACAAGGGAAGAUAAAAGAACUGAAUGGAAGCUACAACGAGUACGUGGAAAGUGUGUUGAAACAGCUUUUGAACAUUGUUUGUGAUGUGAAGCCAGAAAUCCAUGUAAACUACAGAGCCACCAACUAAAUGUGCAUCCUACUGUUCAAUAAAUGGUA